UGUUGGACUAGUGUAGACACUUCCGUAUACAAGAACAGAGCAGCCAGCAAAAGCCAGCCAGUGCAUUAAAAAUGUGAUCAAGUUUGGUGACAAAAAAUAACCAAGCAUCUUAUUGUGUUUCUUCGUUGUGCACACUGAUCAAGAAAGUAGGCCUACACAUACACAGUGACAUUUCCUGCCCUUAAGGGUGUGACAGAUACUGAUGUAACCCAACUGUUGCAGUCUUUUUGUCUGUAAUGUUCGCUGAUCAUAAAACACACCUGAAACCUAAUGUGACCUUUUCGGAAAGUCAAAAGGUUUAAUCCUGUAAUUGUGAUAUUGUGUCUGUAAAGGAAAUACAUCUCACAGAGGAUUACAUUCAUUAUCUGCAAGUAGAUAGUGCAAAUAGUUGACAGCAAGACUAUCUUUCUACCAGAAAGAUAUCAUUUUUAAAAGUUAAAAUGCAGCUCGAAAUUUAAUUGCAUGUGUUAUGUAUUGGGGGUUGCUCAGACCUACACAAGAGCAGACAGCCCACUGUCACACAUACAAACAUCCUCCAUCCAUAAGGGGCGCCAGCUACUAGUCAAUCGGGGAAGGCUCAGAGAACUGGGGAACUCAGCUGCUGGGCCGAGGCGGUGAACCUCCCAGCUGCUUCUCCGUGUGAUAUAUGAACUGUGCACUUGGACUGAUAUUCUGUUUGGUUUAGUGGUGGUUUGGUUUCAUUUGGGGCCCGUUUUCGUUUGUUUGUUUGUUCGUUUCCGUCCUGCAUCACCGUGGGGUUUCCCGCACGGUGGACACCAAGCGCGAGCUGGACGCCUUGGAGAGGCCAGAACGAGGUGGCCCGACGAAAAGAUGUAGUUCUGCUGAAAACUGAAGAAGGGCAGCCCUCAGGUCAAUGAGAGUCCCAAACAAAGCAGCAGAAGAAAUCCGCUACGUGCCAAAACCGGACUUGACAAUUCCAGGCCUCAUGACCCCACAGCAUGGCAUGACAGACAAAAAGAUGGAGCUCUUCACCUCUGGGAAUAUUUCAUUCAGCAUGCAAACAGAGAGGAUGGGCUACUAUUUGGGAGAAAGCAUUAAGGUUGUGUUAGAGGUUCAGAACAGCUCGUCUCGCGCCCUCAAACCCAAGUACAGUCUCUACGAGAAGCUCACUUACUAUGCAUCUGGCAGAAGUGAGGUAGGCACCCAUGUGAUACAGAAAGAGGAUGGAGAGCCCAUUCCACCUGACACAAAACAAACCCUCACCAAAGUCCUCACCAUCCCAACAAGUGCCAACGUAUACAUCCUUAACUGUAAGGUCUUGAAAGUUGAGCAUAACCUCAAGGUCUAUCUUGAUGUACCUUAUGCCGCUGACCCAGAGAUUGUGGUUCCAAUUGUCAUUCUGCCGAAUCUCCUAACCAGGGACCUGUCAGCUCCUCCACAGCCCAAUACUGGGUUUGAGGGUCAUUCCAACCCAGGCCAAGCAGGAUGGGUCAGCACUCCCUACACUGCUCCUCCACCUGCCUAUGCAUCCUAAGGGGGCUUAUCCCCCAUAUCCGAAUUAACCUUGAAAAUCUUAAAGAUUUAGGAUGCUGGAUAAACACUUGGCAUUGUGAAUAUUUCCAUUAUCAGUUAUCCUAUUUUCUUCCAUAUCAUGGGUUGAUGAAGGUUGUACAUUUUGAUAAGACUAACUAAAGUUAUAUAUGAACCA